CUAACGUCGACUAACACAAAAUUAUGUUCUUAUCUGGCUUAAUUUCAUUUGAAAGUUUUGUGGUGAUCUCAAAUGUGUCUGCUUAGCUAUCAGUUUCCUCAGUCCAACAGCAACUGUUCAACCAAAUAAUGCCAUGACGUUGUAUAGCAGAACCAUGGUUAUUUGGCUUCGAAUCAUGAAACUUCAAUGCUGAGUUAGGGCUAGGAAAACUGUCCCGAUAAAUUUAUAAAAACAGACUUGUCGUCUUGCCAUGUAUGAUGGACUUGAGUGUUUGACUGUAAACAAGAAAAGUCCACAUAAUCAUUUGGUCUCCAGUCGACGACAUGUUCGAAUAUUGUUCAGAUACAGAGGAGCAAUGAAGAGAAACAGAUCUAUAUCUCAAAUGCGAGAGUCACAAGGCGCAAUGUACGCUAACAGCCGCAAUAGGAGUUUGAAUCAGAAGGAAAUGGCUGAAAUUACGGAUGCGUUUUUGCGUAACACUUCCAUCCAUGGAAUGCGAUACAUAGGACAGCGAAAUAGGCCCAUUUUCGAAAGAAUAUUUUGGAUGUUGCUUGUCGUCGUGGGUUGUGUCAUUUCGGUGUAUGGAUGUUACCUAGAAUGGAUUAAAUGGAGCGAUUCUUCCAUUUUGAUCACUCGUGAUCCGUCAGUUACAACCCACGACCCAAUAAACUUUCCCGUCAUGACUAUCUGCAGUACAAACAAGAUUUCUUCGAGCAAAUUGGAGGCCGUAAUCAACGAACCAAAAUAUAGCUGGAUGAAUUAUUCUUCCAUGGUCAUGGCUAUACGUUACUUGACAAAAUUUGACGGUCUGGUAAGCAACACUGAAGACGACAACUUUCAGCAUUUGCUUCAUGAGCUAAACGAACGCAACAUUGACAUAGAAGAUUUGGUGGAAGUCAUCCAUCAGGUGCACCCUAGAUGCAGUGAUAUGAUUGUCGAUUGUCAGUGGAAAUCAAGUGUUGUUUCCUGUGGUCGCCUCUUAUCACUUCGGAUGACUGAUGAUGGUUUUUGUUGCUCGAUUGACGUGGGUGUCUUCGACAGAGACGAUGAAAAUGGAACCACCGGCACCGUAUACGACUACGGAGUUCAUUCCGCCUUUCGAAUCAUCCUUGAUCCUAACGUUAAUGACAAUGUUCUGAGCACCAUUAGCAUUGACGGUUUCAAAAUUUUAUUGCACAACAAAGACGAAUUUCCUGACGUGAUUGAGCGCGGGUUCAUUGUCGGAUCGGGAUAUGAGAAUUACGUGGCUCUUAACAGCUAUUCAGUGAGUUAUACACCUGUCAUCCCAUCUGUUUCGUUCGAAAAGCGCCAAUGCUACGUCGAGGGUGAAGGGAAGCUGAAAUAUAAUUUGAGUGGCCUCAUUUACACCCGUUCUAGUUGCCUUUUCGAGUGUCGCACCGAAAAAAUUCUGGAAGAAUGUCAGUGUUUACCUUACUUUAUUAAAGUGAACGUCUCCGUCCCUAGUUGCCGACUACAAUCUUAUCCUUGUGUCGUCAAAUUUUAUGUUCGAUCCGUUUUUAUGGCAUCGAUUGCUAAUAACUGCAGAUGCCCUGCCACCUGCAAGGAUCAGUGGUUCACGACCCAGAUUUCCUCAGCUCCGUUAUCUCUUUCGGGGUUUUCCUCUUCGAGAACUUUUCAACGCAUAUCCAGGAGAAAGAAUGUGGACGCCAAUUAUAGCGUGAAGCUGAUUGGACUUCGAAUCUUUUUUAAAUACAACGCUGGUGACAGUUUUUCUAUGGAUGUCCCGUUCGGCAACAAAGAACUGAUAGCUUCAAUUGGUGGAAUAUUGGGUCUCGGAUUAGGUUUCAGCAUGAUUAGCGCCAUCGAGUUAUGUUAUUUCUUGUGCUGCGGAUGGUGUUUCCGCAAAAGAAGGAGAAUGUCGGAAUCAACUGACAACUGGGUGUUGCUGGGCGACGUUCAAUUUCCCAUCAAACAUAAGCGUUCGCAUCAGCCUAAAAAAAUUCCCGAUAUUCCUGUCAAGAGAAGAACCAUCGUCAAUGCUCGGGUCAAUACUAUCUCCGAUUGAUUCAAUGACACUUACAAGGGCCUCCAUCAGUAUUAUUAAAUUCUAAAGAGGUCAGUAUGUAAUCCUAGUUUUAAUGUGUAAUAUUGAAUAAUACAUUAGACAAUACGCCACAGUUAUUCCUCGUUUUUAUGGCGAUGUUGGCUUGAUAACGAUGUGGGGGUGCUAAAAAAAUAAUGCGUUACUUGACAUUAUUAUUUGGUUGCGAUCCUGAUGUAUUCUUACUUGUGUCUGAUGCCUGCUGAUAAACUUGGCAAGAAUAUCUGUGGCUGAAGUCCCUACGUGACAAAACCGUCAACACAUUUACAGCGGCUAAAACCACUUCAAGGCGCAACUUUCCCUUUAUAUCGUGUUCUCAUUUGUCUUAUGUUAUAAAUUCUUGCUUAGUGACGUCGAGGAAAAGUGUUACGCAAUAGUUCGAAUGAGUUUAUUCUUUGUACGACAUUCUUAAUUCUCUCAAUUCUCAUUUCAUGUUUCUUACGAUUGGGAUAUUUUGUGCAAUACAUCCGCUAUCAUAUCGAAAUAGGUAGUCGGUCAUACUGACAUAUACCGUAUACUGUACAUGGUAACAUGUAGGCCUAAAUACAUGACAUAUACAAGUCAUGAAAAGGUAGAAGAAUCGUUAUCCCAUUGUUGGAUGGGCGUAAACGCGAAUAUAAUCAAUUUGAAGGGCGGAAUCAUCAACGGAACACUGAGACCAAGUAGGGUACCUAAAAGGGCAGAAAGGCAAACACUAUCAGUAAUCAUAAGAAUUAUCAUAGAACUUUUAAAUUAUUAUUGUUAACGAUAUCAACCACUGAUCCUUCUUCUCCCAAAAAGAACCCAUGGAGGCGUCUGGCGAAGAAUUGUUCCAUGGUUUUGGGUACGGAUAAUUCUCGCAA